AUGGCGGGCUCUCUCGACAAGAUUCAGGGCAAGACGCUCUACAGAAUCAUGAGUGCGGCUUGUGGUUCUGCCUUCAUGCUUUAUGGCUGGGAUGCUGGAGUUCUCGGUGGCAUCCAAGAGACGCCCCAGUUUCGUGCGGCCAUCGGCAACCCUCAAGGAGCUUUUAUCAUCCCUGUCAUCGCUUCUGUCUACAACCUCGCGGCAGGAGUCAUGUCGCUCUGUGUCAGUUUCUUCGGCAUGCAGAUUGGUAGAAAGGGCACAAUUCUACUUGGAUGUCUCCUCAUCAAUAUCGGCGCACUUCUUCAGGCUUCUACCUACUCUGUCGGCCAGAUGAUCGUUGGUCGUAUCGUCACUGGGGCUGGUAUUGGUUGUAUCGCCAGUGCUGUUCCUACUUAUAUGGCCGAGAUGUCCCUCGAGGCCAGCGAGCGUGGACCCGAAGUUUCGUACCAACUCGCUCUUCUUAUCACCGGUGUCGCUCUUGCAUACUGGAUCGAUCUCGGAUUCGUGCAAGGUCUCGACAGACACCCAUGGCUUUGGCGCAUUCCUUUGGCACUGCAGGCCUGCUUCGCAAACUUUUCCGCCAUUCUCCUCUUCAUGCUGCCAGAUACUCCUCGUUGGUACUACGCUCGAGGCCGUGAAGCGCAAGGUGACAAAGUCUUGGCUCGUCUGCACAUGUUGCCAGUUGGUCAUCAAUCAGUACAAGCAGUCAAGGCUGAGAUCAUGGCUUCGCUUGAAGAGGAGGAUGAGACCGGAAAGAUCAGCAUCGUUACAUUGUUCUGGGACAACACUGAGCUGCAAUUCGGUCGUCGUCUGCGUACAUCCUUCUUGAUCAAUUGGGCACAACAAUUCCUCGGUAUCAACAUGUUGGUCUACUUCUCUACGCAGAUCUUCACAAACCUCAACUACUCGCCGCUUCUGUCUGGUAUACUCGCGGGUGUUUUGAAUACAUGCUUUGCUGUCGCAUCGUAUCCUCCCAUCUGGUACAUUGAAAAAGUUGGGCGUCGCGCUAUGAUGAUCUGGUCCGCCCUUGGCUGUGGCGUCUGCAUGCUUAUCUACAUCGUUCUUACGACACUGCCAGCGAACAAGUCUUCUGCUGCCACCAACUGGGCCGCUGUCGCAAUCAUCAUCCUGUACGAAGUCGUCUUUGCCUUUGGUUGGCUCGGCACUUGCUGGGUCUACGGACCAGAGAUUGCGCCACUAAAGUACCGACACGUUGCCGGCAGUCUUGGAGCUGCAGGUGAAUGGUUCUCGACUUUCGUCAUGGUCUUUGGAGGUGGUACCGGCAUCAAUGCUGUCGGCCCCAAGAUCUUCAUCUGGCCACUGUUGUGCUGCUUCCUGGCUGCUGCAUACGUUUACUUCCUGUGUCCUGAGACGACUGGAAAGACCCUUGAGGAGAUUGAUGCGCUGUUCGCAAGAUCGCCCGAGGUUCGCGAGCGACUAGAGAGGGAGAUUGCUCAACGCAGAGCUAGAGUCAUGCCGUAUGGCAAGGAAUUCCCCAGGCCCUCUACCGAGAUGGAAAAGAUGGGAGUCUCGACUGUCGAGAAGAUCUAAUGGUUCCGCAACCGUAAGUACCGAGAUAUAACGAAGACGUAAG